AUGUCGCUUAACGGCCUCGACGAACCCCAGGUCACAGAGGCCUUCCAGACCGCCGCAGCCGAACCUGGAGGCUGGUUUCUCCUCAAAUAUACUAGCCGCGACGAAGUCCAACUCCUCAGCACUGGCGCUGGUGGUAUUGCCGAGCUCCGUACUAGCAUCGAAGAAUACGACGAGGACAGCCCAUUGUACGGAUACAUCAAGUACAGACGUCGAAAUGUCGUUCUUAAAUAUCUCCCUGAAGACUCUUCUCGCCUAAUACAAGCUCGUGUUGCCGUCCAUUUCAAUUUUGUCUGCGAGCGAUUCUCACCAUACGAUACCGUCUUCGAAAUCGACUCUGCCACCGCCCUGACCGACACAAAGCUCUCCGCCGCUUGCUCUCUGCACACCGCCUCGGGCUCGACUGCCUCCUCCACUAGCUCCCGUAAGAAGCGUCUGGUUGAGAUUGCCGAGGAGGACGAGGAUGACCAGCCCGCCUCCAAGCGCAAGUCUGUCACGGCCGAUGCCCUGCCUCCCAAAACACCCGUCGACCCCAACUGGAACCGUAAUCCUGUCACUCUGAACGCCGAUCUGGCUUCGUCACCCGAGCAAAGCAAAUUCUCCGCCCAAGAUACCGCCGAACCCCCCACCUUUGUUGGUGCUGAUGAGCGUCCCUCCACCUCAGAUUCUCAUGACCGCAGCUUAUCUAGCUCCUCAUCCUACCCCUAUGGCAAGCCCAAGGUGAAGCUGGGUCCCCGGCCCUCUCUCGACGUCAACAUCCGUCCCCAAACUGCCGGCAACUUUAGACCAGUGUCUGCCAUUCCUGCCGGGUACAAGCUUUUUGGCAAGGGUGGCAAGAGAAACAAGAGCCGCGAAAGCAACAAUCUCGUCUCUCCACAGGAAGAAAUUGCGGCCCUGGAUUUUGGUGUCGCUCCUGAGGUCGAUGACGCGACUAAAGAAAACACUGAUCCGACAUUAGCCCCGUCCAGCUCACAGACCACCCUCAAGCCAGCCAAGAAGAUUUCGCCUGAAAAGGCACGGCUCAAGAAAGCUAUGCAGCUCCGCGAGAAGAAGCGACUUGCUGCUCAAAAGGUCGCCCAGGAAGGCGACGAUGCUGCUACCCCUACCGACACUAUUGAAGCUGAAACGGAAGAGGAAACGGUUGAAGAUGCGCCACUUGGCGAUGACGAUUUAUCCCAAGCUGCUGGUGGCCCUUCUCCCGAAGAAACACCUGCGCGCGAAGCAGCUGAUCUCUACGCCGAUGCACAGUCGAACACAUCCCUCGCCGACCAAGCCUCCGAAGCUACAGCCACGGACUCUCAUCCAGCCAGCCCAGCAUUGGAGGACUCGGAAACGGCCGACUCGACAAAAGCUUCAUCCAUCUCUGACGCCACCGAUGAGACCGUACAUGAAAAGGAGGAGGCCGGUGAAACAACGCCGCAGCAGAAGGAGGCCGACGCGCUAGCCCGCGUCGCCGCACUUCCCGACAAGGACCUAACGCAUAUGACAACACAGGAUCACAUUAGGGCCACUGAGGCUGCCCUCUUUGGUUCGCCUGAUGUCGAUACCGACGCCACCGAGGAACCCGUCGCUAUUCCGAUUUCCAAGUUCUCAACCAACAACUCCGGUUCCGCACCCAUCGAAGAGUCUACAGAGCAAUCCGCUGAAGAGCCCAAGGCAGAAGUAAAGGAGGUGGAGAAGCACGCUGGCGAGCUUACAGGUCAGGAUGUCGCUCCUCAGCCAUCUGCUCAGGAUCUGAUCGCUGCCACUCGUGCAGCUGCUGAGACCCCUGCCGCAGAAGUUACGCAGAGCCCUCUCGCUACACUCACGCUCAUCACAUCCGACCCGCCUGCACCCGCCACUUCCAAGGAACAUGCAACCGCUACUACUCAGCACGAGGUUAAGGAAUCCUCCACAGAGGUUAAUGUAGAGGCAAAGAAUACGCCUAGAAUCGAGACGGAGACCGCUGAGCCCGUGAAGGAGAAGCGCAAGGGACUGGUUGAGCCCAUUCGGACGACUGGAAUUGACGAGCAAGCGGAUGCAAGCCGGACACCUACCGCUGCCUCAGUGAUUGCUGAGACCGGCGCCAAUCCAUCCAUCAUCGCAACGCCGGUAACGCCCAUCACGCCCGAUAGUGGCGUUAUGGCCAUGCGUCCAUCUACUGCCACGAAUCCACAGCCCUUUGCUGUUAGGACUGUGUCCAAUCCCGUACGAGGUAAUCUGAUCUCGCCCUCGGAUGCGAGCCAGUCCUCAGUUCGUUCCAUGAGCUCCGGAGCCGCGUAUCUCAACAAGAUCAACCAACAACAGCAGCAGAAUAACGCCAACCUCUCGUCCAAGUCCAAUGUUGGCUCCAGCAUUUCGCAGCGCAUCAAGGCUCUUGAGAUGCUUUCUGCCAACAGCGGCGCCGAGGGUCGCCCCGCUAGUCGUGAACGUCCUCAGUCGACAUUCUUUUCCGUCAAGAAGAGCGAGCCCCUCCGCGCCCCGUCAGUAAUUGAGCGCGCGUCUUCUCUCCGAAUGGCUGCACCCCCUUCUCGUGACGGCUCUGAUUCCUCGCCCGAGACUAGCCGACCCCAACGUGGUCGCUCAGGGUCCAUUUCCAACAGACUUUCCAUGUUCCAGCCCUCCCCUUCUGACUCAUCUCGUGGCGCACCUGAAUCUAUCUCGGUGAUGGCCAAGAUUGUGCGCGACCCUGACCAACAGGCCAACGAGCCUCAUAGGGAUGCAUCUGGCUUCAACCCAUUAGAUCUGAAGCAGUCCCCUCUUUUUGUCAGCCACCAGAAGCCCACUCAAGACUUCAGCACUGCCAGCAUAGACACAGUGACUGACUCGAGCAAGGAUGACGGACGCCGCUCGUCCGUCAGUCUUGUUCGUGGUUUGAGGAAGGACAGACGAACCAUCUCGACGGACCCUGUUCCUGCUACCUCGCCACCGCCUGCGAACGGCUCAUUCUCUCCUCGCAUGUCGUUUAGCAGCCGUCGAUCAACCGGCAAGGAAAGCGAGGAGCCACAGUCUCCCGAUCUAAACGACGCACUCUCGGGCGGCGAAGAGAAGUCGAGUGACAGCAAGCUGUCCCGCGCCACUCGCUUCAUGCGCCGACUUUCCAACCUUUCUGGUACGCGCGCCAAGACAACCCCAUCUCCUACCGUGAAGUCGCCCCUAGCGCCGAAUGAAGACCUCCGCGUUGAGGCAUCCCGCCCCUCCACCACCGGCACCUCGCCUUGGAUCGUCUCUUACUUGGGCGACGUUAAUGUUCAGUUCCCCGAUAAUCUGCUUUGGAAGCGCCGCAAUAUGUGCAUUGACUCGCAGGGAUUCCUUGUGCUCAGUGCGCUGCCUGCGCCUAGCAGCCGCGCCGCCCAAGGCACAAAACGCUACCACCUGAGCGAGUUUCGCCCGCCAUACUGCCCGGACGUCGAGGUCCAGGAACUUCCCAACAGCGUCGUCCUUGACUUUGUUGAGGGAACCAGCCUGCAGCUUGCUUGUGAGGACCGUACCGGCCAGGUCAGCGUCCUCAACGAUCUGACUGAUGCCCACUCCAAGCAUGCCGCGCAGUUUGGUCAAUAG